CACAAGUUCUCGGCAGCGAUCCGCGGACGCCUGCGAGCGCGUGCGUGCGCGUGUGUGUACACGUGGUGACAGCUGGCAGCGUGACAUCAACUAUUGGCGAUACGUGUCCGUGCCACCUCUUACAACUAUUGCCGUUGCUGCUGCUGCUGCUACUACACAAACUUCACACGAGACCAGUUCAAUGAAGAGUCCUUAACAACAACAAAAUCGGCAGAAAGUCCUGCGUUCAGAAGACGUCUGUUGUUGUUGUUUUUGCAAGCUUACGUUUGUCUCGUUGCGAAGGAACUUUGUUGUUAUUACACGUUCUCAUCCGAGUCGUUAGACGAACACACGGAGACGCUCUAUGGAUUAUUUUGAAAGCGCAGUAUUGUGCGCGGCUGCCUUUGGCUCCGUUGUCGCCGGCCGAGGAGGGAUGCGCGCGAAAUGAGAAGAGCAGAACUCGGCUGAGCGUCGGAGAGGAGGCGAGAGGCGGAACGCGGAAUCAAUUUCCGUGGCGCUCAACUUCUCACAACAACAACAACAAGGACAGCAGCGGCAACAGCAACAGCGGGGUCUGCAGCAGCAGCAGCAGCAGCAGCGACUCGACAAUCAAUCAACUCGCUCGCGCGAAACAACAGGGCGACGUCUCGUCACCAGCAACCAGAAUCCCAGCGACUGACGUUGACAGACAGAGAGGAGAGAGAGGGUCCGUUCCUGACUCAAGAGACUACACGAGCUGGGGACAACCACCGUUCCAGUCAAACCACCGUUCAACUCCACCACCGUUCAACUCCACCACGGUUCCACUCAACAUCGACCAGGCGAUAAAGACAUCACAGCAACCUGCGACCAUCAACAAGUCCGUCCAUCCCCCCCGCUACCCCCCCCCUCCAAUACAACAGAGCGCCCCCCCCCGACUUCCCCGAACCCAGGGGGGAGGGGGUGGGGGUUGGGGGGGGGGCUGAGAGUCGGAGGCGAUCGUGUUCACGAGAAUGACUCUUGGCGCAGAGCUACUCGGACGAGGAGUCUGCAUGCAGUCAGACGAGGACUUUGUUGACGUCGUUGGCGAAGAUGUCGGUGGCGGUGUAAGUGGCGGUGGCGGCGGUGGUGGUGGCGGAAUGGACAGACGAGGUGCAGGAGGAGGAGGAGGGACGGUCGUAGGAGGAGGAGCGGGAGGCAGGAGACACGAAGUCGGCCGAACGCGAAGACUUUUCGGCUCCGAUCGCGAUGACAUCGAAGACGUCAUCGACGACUUGGACGAAGACGUCGACUUGGACGACGACGACUUGGACGACGACUUGGACGAAGUCGUCGGCUGCUCGAACAACGACGCGGACAACGCGCGGCACCGCGGCCAGAACCGCGACCUCGACAUCCUGGACGGCGUCAAUUGCGACGACGAUGAUGACGACGACGACGAAGAGGAUGAGGAUGGCAGAGCCGGACGAGAUGAAGAGGAUCGCCUGCGCCGAGACUCGGGGGGCGCCGUAGCAGCGGACGACGACGACCCACACGGCGCUCACGGCAACGCGACCUCGUGCAUCAAGGCCACCUCCUCCUCCUCCUCGUCGUCGUCCUCCUCCAAGGGCGCCCUCGUCAAGCCGCCCUACUCGUACAUCGCGCUCAUCACCAUGGCCAUCCUGCAGAGCCCCAAGAAGCGCCUGACGCUCAGCGAGAUUUGCGACUUCAUCAGCAACCGCUUCCCCUACUACCGCGAGAAGUUCCCCGCGUGGCAGAACUCGAUCCGACACAAUCUGUCGCUCAACGAUUGCUUCGUGAAGAUCCCGCGCGAGCCGGGCAACCCGGGCAAGGGCAACUACUGGACCCUCGACCCGGAGUCGGCCGACAUGUUCGACAACGGCUCCUUCCUGCGCCGACGCAAGCGCUUCAAGCGUCAGCAGCUCAUGCAGGCGUCGUCCGUGGAGUUCCUCAAGGAGCAGGCGGCCGCGGCGGCGGCGGCAGCGGCGGCAGCCGCGUUUCUACCCGGGUUCACCUACGGACCUUACUCGGGAUUCAACUACGGAUUGCAGCCCUUGCACGGAUUUCCGUCCAUGCAUCACCAUCACCAACAGCAGCAGCAGCAUCACCAUCAUCACCAGCAGCAGCAGCAUCAUCAUCACAACAAUCAUCAUCACCAUCAUCACCAACUACCGCACGCGCAUCAUUUGCAACAGCAACAACAGCAGCAGCAUCAUCACCAUCACCACCUACCGACGGCGUUGAGUCCGCACCCGUGUUCAGGACCUACCUACACGUUUUCUGCAGCAGCAGCAGCGGCGGCAGCGGCUGCCACGUUCCAAUAUCAGCAACAACAGCAGCAGCAGCCUGCGUCAGUACAGGGCGCUUCGCUACUCCAGCCGCCUCCGCCUCCGCUCAUGCAGGGCGCCUCCUCCUGCGGUAGCGGCGGAGGUCUGCAGCCGAAGAAGAGCGGCGCGGUGUUCGUGCCGCAGCAGCUGAGUCCGCUGGGGCUGCCGCACGGACUCGCUGCGCUCAAGACUGAGUCGGGACCGGCAAAAACAUCGUUCUCUAUUGAUAACAUCAUUGGCGCCAGUGGUGGUGGUGGUGGUGGAGGAGGAGGUAAUGUUCAACCGAUACAGCAGCAGCAGCAGCAGCAGCAAUGUGUGUUCCCGUUUCUGUUGAGUGAAUGAGCGUGGACAGGAAACUUGCUCUGGAACCACUAGCGUGUGUGGGGGGUACGCGCGCGCGUGUGUGUGUAUGUGUGUGGUUGGCUCUAUGGGGGGACUUUGUACGUGUGGCUGUGUGUGUGUGUACGCGUGUGGAAUGUUCGCUGCGCUACAAAGCCGGCGGUGACUCAAUGUUCGAGUCCCGCUCACGGCCAAUACCACCGGUGACAAUUAUCCGAACCGGUCCUGGGCCUCCUCCCCUAGGUCGACUCAAACUAAAAUGAGUACCUGGUGCGGUGUGUAAAGUCAUCGCCACUGGGGAGACAAAGGCGUCCGGGGGUGGUGCUGGCCACCCACUCCCUCGUGUGCCGUGCCGGCCUUCAUAGGUGCUCGCUAACAGCACUCACUCCAGGAGUCAGUUCAAGGCUAUAAGGGAGAUCUUUGUAUUUGCGUGUGUGUAUAGAUGCGUGGGGAGCGGUCGUUGUAGUCGUUAGCGCACUCCGUUACGAGCGCCAGCUUCCCUGAGUCCAAUCAAAUCCCGCUCACUGCCAAAAUUGGUGUGAACAAAAAAAUAUCUUAACCGGUCCUGGGCCGCCUCUAGGUCAACUCGGCCUUAAAACAAUAGAGUAACUUGGACGGUGCGUAAACAUUUAGGUCUGGGAAGAUCAAAGUGGCUCUGCGUGGUGCUGGUCACCCACCCCCCUCGUGUAUCGUGCCGGCCCUUCAUAGGUGCUCGCAAACAGCACUUGGCACAACAAUCUGCGAUCAGCUACACAGGGGAUCUCUGUUUUGUGUACGUGUGUAUGCGUGUGGUCAUGUGUGUGCGUUCACUCCAGCCUGCGUGUGGUCGUGGCGAGCGGGGGUGUAGCGGUUAGCGCCCUGCGCUACUAACUCGGCCACCCGAGUUCGUUUCACCGCUCACGGCCAACACCAGUGGCGAUUAUCUGAAACCGGUCCUGGGCCUCCCCUAGGUCGACUCAGCCUCAAACGAGUACCCGAUGCGAUAUGUGUGAGGAGACAAAGGCGGUCGGGCGUGUGAUCCGUGCCGCCCUUCAUAGGCGCUUGCGAACAGCACUUGCCCCAACAGUUUGUCAAGGCUAUACGGGGGAUCUUUGUCUUUGUGUGUUCAAGCGUUCAUGCAGGCAAGUGUUUUAACGCUCGUGUGUGUGGUCAUGUGUGUUGUGGUUUUGUGUGGUCAUGUAUGUGGCAUUGUGUGUGUUCAAGCCUUAAUGUAAGCUAGCCUAACACUUCACGCAUCGCUGUGUAGUGCAUGAAUGUGCGUAUGCAUGCGUGUGUAUGUCCGCUGACACACACACUUCGUGUGCCUGUGUGGGAAGCGGUCGUGUAGCGGUUAGCGCGCUGCGCUACGAACCUGGCCACCGGGGUUCGAUUCCCGCUCACGGCCAACACCAGUGACGAUUAUCUGGGCCUCCCCUAGGUCGACUCAGCCUCAAAUGAGUACCUGGUGCGCUGCGUAAACAUCGCCACUGGGGAGACAAAGGCGGUCGGGCGUGAUGCUGGCCACCCACCCCCUCGUGUGCCGUGCCGGCCUUUAUAGGUGCUCGCUAACAGAACUUGCCCCAACAGUCAUGUAAGGCUAUACGGGGGAUCUUUGUCUUUUUAAUGUGAAUGUGUGUAUGUGUGUGUGCCUGUCAAAGGCUUUAAGUAUUUGUGUGUAUGUACGGAUUCAAACCUUUUUGUGUGUGUGUGGAUGUCAAUGCGUACGGAUCACGUGCGCAUUAAGCCUGUUUGCUCGCAACACUGGCCUACACAGAGCAUCGUCAGCCACGUUCAAUCCACUGUGUGGUGUGUGUGUGCAUGCGUGAUCAUUUAUGUGUGCCUUGUGUGUAUUCAAUGCUUGUCGUCUGUGCUAUGCAUACGCAUAAGCAAGCCGGGCUAUACGCAUUCAGCACUCGCGUCCUGUGUGAAUUCUAAGCGAUGUUUUGUGCUCCGUGUGUACGGGUGAAUGUAUUAAAUGGUUGUUUGCAGGCUAUGAAUGCGUUCCAAAGUAAGUUCAGCUGUACGUGUUGAAACUUUGUGUGUCCAAUAGAAUUCACUGCACGUGCGCGCGCGCGUGUGAAUGUAUGUUACGAUCAACGUCAAUUGCAGCGCGCACGUAGUGUGUUAUUGUUUGGACAUCACGUGCCCAUCAAGUUAUGACGGGUAAAUGAAUACUACUUUUUAUUUAAAUCAGAAUGUAAUUUGUAAAAAUUUAAAAUCUGUGUCAAGACGUAAGAAUAGCCUCAACUGUAUUAGUAACAAAUGCUCAGCCCUCUAGCCCUUCGAGAACAUAAUCAGAACUUACGCUCGGCUAUGCUGCGCUCUGCGUACGCGUGCGCAAACAUUGUGUUCACACAAUUCGCGUGCAUCUGUGCGCUUACAAAGAAGUGGCCUGCUGUGCACGUGUCUAAACAAAGCGUCACCCGUGCGUGCACGUAAGUCGCAUAUCUGCGUCGCACGUAUGUGGAUUUACACAUGCGUCCUGCUCGAAUGUGCACGCUCGUAUUCAAUGUGUGUCCGUGUGCGUCUAUUCAAAGCCAGUGGGGAGCGGUAGUGUAGCGGUUAGCGCGCUGCGCUAUGAACCUGGCGACCCGGGUUCGAUUCCCGCUCACGGCUAACACCAGUGACGAUUAUCUGAACCGGUCCUGGGCCUCCCCUAGGUCGACUCAGCCUUAAAUGAGUACCUGGUGCGGUGUGUAAACAUCGCCACUGGGGAGACAAAGACGGUCGGGCGUGGUGCUGGCCACCCAACCCCCUCGUGUACCGUGCCGGCCUUUAUAGGUGCUCGCUAACAGCACUUGCCCCUACAGUCUGUUAAGGCGAGCGGUGGUGUCAGCGAUUAGCGCGCCACGCUGCGAACCUGGCGUCCCGAGAUCAAUUUAAGCUCACGGCCAACACCCAGUGACGAUUUUCUGAGUACCUGGUGCGGUGUGUAAACAUCGUCACUUCGGUAGACAAGGGCGGCCGGACGUGGUGCCGUGUCGGCCUUCAUCGGUUCUGCUCGCUAACAGCACUUGCCCCAACAGUCUGUUAGGGCUUUACGGGGGGAUCGUUGUCUUUGUUUCGUAUUCAAAACCGUGAGCAACGUUGUGUGUGUAUGUACGUGUAGGAACGGAGUAAAACCUGCGCUAUGUAUUAAUGUGUUCGUAACUUGACGGUCAGCCAGCAUAUACCUUGCAUGCUGUUCUAUUUCUGGUAAACGUAAUUGCUCAAUCAUUCACGUGUGUGCAUGUACGUACGGUAUCUGUAUAUAUGUAUACAUUUGGGGUGCAUGUAUAUGAAAGUAUGUAUGUAUAUGAAUGCAUGUAUAUGUAUGCAUGCAUGUAUACACGUAGGGUGUGUAGAUGUAUCUGUAUGUAUCUGUGUGCAUGUAUAUGAAUGUAUGCAUGUAUACACGUGGGGUGUGUAGAUGUAUCUGUAUGUAUCGGUGUGCAUGUAUACACGUGUGUAGAUGUAUCUGUAUGUAUCUGUAUGUAUCUGUGUGCAUGUGUAAACGUGUGUAGAUGUAUCUGUAUGUAUAUGUAUGCAUGUAUACACGUGUGUAGAUGUAUCUGUAUGUAUCUGUGUGCAUGUAUAAACGUGUGUAGAUGUAUCUGUAUGUAUCUGUGUGCAUGUGUAAACGUGGGUAGAGUGGUAGCGUAGUGGUUAUCGCGUUGUUCUCCGGACACCUCAAACGCAUUGGCCACUAACACUGCGUGCAUGCAUGUGGCCUUAAAUAUAAAACAAAUUCUAAUAGGCGACGUUUCGGGCAAUUGUCCUGUUUCAUAGAACAUCAAUACACGCCUUUAUUUGCGCGGCACGUAGAACGGUCGUCGUCCGAGACGUCGCGUGUGCUGCUUGUUACUACCAGCAAAAACGUCGGACUUCCCGAUUGCGAAUCGCUCUUCCAACAUCACAGCGGCGGCUGCUGCAGCGGUAAUACCCUGGACGCGUUUUGUUCAUCACGUGGCAACUUUGUGAGUGUUAGUACACAGACAAAGAUCUCCCGUAUAGCCCUUAACAGACUGUUGGGGCAAGUUCUGUGAGCGAGCACACACGAAGGCAUUUGUCGCCCCAGUGGCGAUGUUUACAACACCGCACCAGGACAGGUUAAGUUAUUCAUCAAUGAUGUUGGCAGUGAGCGAGAAUCGAGAGAAUCAAAAUCGCCGGGUAUCGUAGCGCAGCGCUCUAACCGCUACGACACCACCAAAGAUCCCCCGUAUAGCCUGAACAAAACAUCGGGGCAAGUGCUGUUAGCGAGCACCUAUGAAGGCCGGCACGGCACACGAGGGGGUGGGUGGCCAACACCACGCGCGGCCGCCUUUGUCUCCCUAGUGACAAUGUUUUUUUCUACACGUAGCACUAUGUACUCAAUUGAGGCUGAGUCGACCUAGGGGAGCCCCAGGACCGGUUCAGAUAAUCGUCACUCGUGGUGGCCGUGAGCGGGAAUCGAACUCGGGUCGCCGGGUUCGUAGCGCAGCGCGCUCACCGCUACACCACCGCUCCCCAUUACACGACCGCACACUGACGCACACGGACACACACACGCGUGCGAUGUCCCACAUCAGUCAUCAGUGUUCAGCACGCACAGUUAAAUACACAAGCUACUUACACAAUCUCAACAUAAGCUGUACCCUUCACGGACAAGACAAAGAACCGCCCGUAUAGCCUGGACAAAACGUCGGGGCAAGUGCUGUUAGCGAGCACCCAUGAAGGCCGGCACGGCACACGAGGGGGUGGGUGGCCAACACCACGCCCGACCGCCUUUGUCUCCCUAGCAGCGAUGCUCACACAUCACACAAGGUACUCAUUUGAGGCUGAGUCGACCUAGGGGAGGCCCAGGACCGGUUCAGAUAAUCGCCACCGUUGUUGGACGUGAGCUGGAAUCGAACCCGGGUCGCCAGGUUCGUAGCGCAGCGCGCUUACCGCUUCACCACCGCUCCCCACGGACGGACACACAGACACAGCACAGACAGACACGACGAGUGUGCGUGUGUGUGUUGAGACAGCGUUUCCUCAAUCGUGUAUAUAUUUGGAACGCCGGGGCUAUUAGCGAGCCUGCAAAAUGUACACAUCUUUCCCCACAAACAGGAAAGAGCCCAAACGAUAAGGUGGUUAAAACUAUUUAUAAGUGUAUUGCAGCGAUGUGAGUGUGUGAGUGUGUGUGCGCGCGUACACACACGAGGGUACAAGCCCGUGUCUGGUGGUGAACAUUGCGGGGAGCGGAGGCGCAGCGGUUAGCGCCGCCGCGCUGCGAAACCCUGCGAGCCCGGGUUCGAGUCCCGUUCACUUGGUCCCAACGCGACGAUUAAAUUAUCUGAGCCUGUCCUGGGACUCCUCGUGGUCUGCUCAGCCCUAACCGAGCGGCGAUGGAUCGGCAUUGUGGAUACAUGCCCCCAACAGUGCGUUAAGAGGCUACACGGGGGACCUUUGUCUGGGUAAAUUGUACGCGUAUGUGUCUACUGGGGCGUACACACGUGCAGUUACGGACUAUACACCCACACGAAUUCUUAACGUUGGUACAAUGCGUACGCGUCUUCUUUACCGGUACCCCAUCGACUUGUAUAGAGAGAUGAAUAGUAGUCACAGCCACCUUUGUCAGUCCACUGCUGGAUGAAUGAGCCUCUCACAGAUUGUUUGGCCAUACUUCACCACUCUGGUUAGUCCCCGUUGGUGAAGGAUGAGGUGGGCGCGGGGGGGCGAGGGGCUAGGACCGGUUCAGAUAUGGCUCGACACUGAUGUUAGCCGUGGCACGGGAGUCGAAAUCAGCUCUUGCCGGGUUGGUUCAUAGCUCCCGCGCUAAGCGCUGCGCCACCGCUCUUAUCCACGUGAAUGAAAUAUAUUUAUUUCGCAAGUAUAUAUAUAUUUUCCAGAAAAUAAGUGAAUGAAACAGACAUUGGUUUACUUCAUGUGUGCUUUGAAGAAGGCUCAUUGCCAGAAACGUCGCUUUUAGACAUUGUUUUUUGUAUUAUUUUUUGCAUCACAUUAUAAUAACAUUUCAUCACAAAUGCAACAACACAACCCGUUUCUCUAAAAAACAAACCCUAACUCUGCACACAUUGCGAAGAAUAACAUAACCCGACCGACGUGUACAAUUAUUUGCCCGGUAAAAUAUGAAUUGUUAGCAAGUUUUGCAACCCGAUUUGUCUCCAUCUCUGCAACCGCCGUACGAGCCUUACUCGCAGUUGAAAGGGCACAUCGGGCAUUGUUACGGCUAAUUAUGAUUCAUUAACUGCAUUCUAAUUGUUCGUUAUAAUUCACGAAUUACAAAUUGCUUCGGUUUAUGCCGGACAACUCGCACAACAAAGACAAAGAUCCCCCGUAUAGCCUUGAACAGACUGUUACGGAAAGUGCUUUUUUCUGCGAGUGGUACCGAUAAAGCGCGGCACGCUAAACGAGAGCGGGUGGGUGGGCAGCAACCACGCCCGACCGCCUUUGUCUCCCCCAGUGGCGAUGUUUACACAACAACCGAGUCGACUUAGGCGAAAGCCUGGGACAGGGUUCAGUUUUUUGACCGUCAGCGGGAGUCGAACUCGGGUUUGCCGGGUUGGUAGCGCAGGGCGACAAUUAGCACUGCACUAGCGCCGAGUCAACACGCACAUUUGCUGCUCUGUCGCGUUGAGCUGGGGUCCCAUCGUUUGUACGCAGCGGCUCUUGCCAAUAACAUCUGCCGAAUCCGGCAGGAGUUGUUCAACAAUUCUAAGCUCUGCUGAUGAGAUUUCAGAAUGUCGAAACCGGUGGAGAGAUUUUCAAGUUUUUUAUUUAUUAUAUAAUUACAAGCUCAAUUUUUUGUUUAAAUGUAUAUAAGAACAUACCGCGUGUAUGUGCAUAUAUACAAUUAUUCCAUAAUGUAUACGUGUGUCCGUGUACAGCACACGAACACGACAUAUUAUUUUAAAUCUCUAAAUUGCCCCUUCGUUUAUCAACUGCUAAACGCGAACACGCGAGUUCUCUCUCUUUGCCCUGUCCCUACGUUGUACAAAUUACAAACAUUUAUAAUUUCGUACGCUUGCAGUCUUGAACAAUUAUCCUAUAUUUAUAAAGUCACUCAACAUAACGGACCGCGUUCCGUGACCUGCGCCGUUUAAUUGCGUAGCGUUUAAUAUCGCGCAGUUAAAUGUUAAGCGAAAUACGUUUCAGACUGUUCAAAUAUGUCUCUUGUUCGUUGGGUUACAGAACCGGCCGUACGUCUGACUUCGAUUGCGAAGUAAAUGACGCUUGUAGAAACAUUUUGAAAGUUUAAUAAUAUUUCCACGAACCUCAAACUAUUUGUUUUACAAUUCACAAACUUGGAAAGUUCACCACGUUUCCACUUCACAGCAGCGUGCCCACGUAUUUAAAGCGAUAAUGCAGGCUUCAUCCAGCAGUAGAUUUAUACAAGAGCUUAGCAGAGGACGUAAUUACGUUCGUUAUGCUGCUACUACUGCUGCUGCAUUGGCAGGUGUGUUAGACAUGCACAAACAUCAUCAUCAACAUCAACAACAUUUUGCCAACAACACUGUGUGUGGUCUUAAAACUAUCUGUAAUAGGCGACGUUUCGGGCAAUGACCCUUCUUCAUAGUAUGUACAAUCAGCUACGUACGUGUAGCUUCAGUCGGCUCGUGUGCGCGGGCAGCUAUGUGUACGUGUGUGUGUGUUGAACUUCGUUCGUACCGUACGUCGAUAAUCGGAGGUGUGUGGGGGGGGGGUACUCACAACAAACCGACAAUGCUCACAAAAAGCAAUUCCGCAGAAGUGCGUUUCAUUUGGACGAUUUGCAGCAUCGCCAUCUUCAUCCAGCAGUGGAUAGAUCAUAGCCAUCGAUGAUUUAUGAUGAUGACGACAACGACUUUAAUUUAUCGACGAGAGGCGGGGUCGUCCCUCCACACUUUUGAGCGGUCCAAUCUCGGUCGCACGCGUACCCAAAUGGCGUGUGCACACACACACACACACGUACCACGUAUACACACACACAUACACACACACAUACACACACACGUACACACACGUACCACACACACGUACCACACACACACACGUAC